UGGUCCCUUAUUUUCAUUGUUUCGCCCUCAGAGAUGAAAGGUUUUAUCAUCACCAAUGCAUCCAAAGAUGAGAGAUGGUUUGAGCAUAUUGUUACCGGAUUCUACAUUGCGAUCUUCGUGAUCACAUUUAUGACGAACACGUUCCUCUUCAUCGUGUUCCUGAAGAAUAAAUCGUUCCGCGACCUCAGCACUUACUUGAUCGUCCAGAUGGCGGUAGCUGACGUGCUGUAUCUUUGCGUCACCUGCGCCAUCAUUGUCAUAAAGAACUUGGAUGUACAGCUUAGCCGGCCGAUGUGCAAAGCCUUGUUAUAUGUAGAGGGAGUGGCCAGAUUUGCAUCUUCGCUCUCUUUGAUGUUGAUCAGUCUUGAGAGAUCCAUGUCUGUUUGCUCACCAUCGAUGUGCUAUACAAUCAGGAAAAUUUCUGGAGUCAAGAAAAAAGUGAGUGUCUUGAUGUGACUUCAAUAUGAGAUGAUCAACUUGUUGAAGCUGCCAUUAUUGCAAUGACCUACAAUUUCUCCCUUUCUCAUCUCACAGGCUUUCUUAAGCGUUUUCAUCAGCGCUGUGAUUCUUCGUUUAGGAGUCCUUUUCGUGGCGUGUGACUCUGAAAAGUGGGCCCCUGGCUACAGAGUAGCUGUGACUGUCGCUACUUACACCCUUCCCCUGGUGGUAGAGCUGACUGCCUACACCAUAUCUUACCACAAUAUCAACCGAAGACUUAGAGCUUCAGCAGGUAGCAAACAAGUUCUGUUGUUUAUCAAGAGGUCGCUGAAGGUUUUUGUGCUGAUCGCUGUAGUCUUUGCAGUCUGUACGCUUCCUGCAUCAAUCAUGGUGAUUCUUCAGUCACUCCGUGUUUACACACCUAGCUAUUUUGUUGGAUAUGUCGGGGACAUAAUCGAAUGCAUUCCCUGUGUCACAAACGUAAUCUGCUACCUGGUCUGCAGUCCAAAGUUUCGCAUGGAAAUCAGGAAACUCUUAUCAGGUGUGUUUCUGUUUGGAUUUACUGCCCCAUAGUUAGAAUCCACAACCUCUCAAUUACUCGUUCCGAUAGUGAAACACGGUUCAUUCUCUUUAGCAUUUUCCGACAUUUUACGACUUAAAAACGUACUUAGAACAUUUGGACUGAGUUUUUAGCGUAAAACCAAAUCAACUUCCCAGCGACAAACAGCCAAUCAAAGGGAAGGAAAACAUAAAAAAGACAAUGAGACCUGACAGUAUGAACGAACAAACCGAGUUGAGAUGAUUCCUCAGCAUUACACUGCAUAUCCUAUACUGCGCAAGGCGAAUAAGCACGCGCGCAUUCCGAGAACAUGGAGAAUCUUUACGAAGCGAUAACGGAAAUUCUUCGGAAAAAGGCAAAAAUACCGCCAAACGGACGCGCGGUAAACUCUUAAUCUAAAACGAAUAAAACCCCAAAAGCGAAACGACCGAAAAAACUGAAAAACUAAAAAAACUCGCAUACGCGAAAAUCGUACGCGUCACAAAUGCUCACCGCGUGUUUUAAAAUUCGAAAAGUCUCAGAGCGCGCGUGCUCGCUAGUGGACUUCUUUUCACCAGAUACGACGGUCUUUAUUUCUUGAACGAGCACGGUGACCUAUAUUUUUUUAUUCAUUUGCACCUGUAUAGGCUUAAAUGGGGUACGCUUGGCCGAUAAAAUCUCUUUAGCAAGCACGCUUAGCUAUCUUUUUUCAUCGUAGUUUUCGAAACAGAGUUGGUAGGAAACAUUAAAGGAAAAAUUCAAAAAAGAAUCGUUCAACAACUUUUAUUUCUGAGUAAUCAUCUUAAGCGCGUGCAACCGAUUGAUUGGAAAGUUUAGUACGAGUUUUGUAGACAAAUCGUUGGUUAAACAUAACCGAAGUAGCUCCGGAGUACUCUCAGUACUCAGUUGAGACCUACUAUAUGCCCAAUCGAUAACGCAGUGACCGGAACUCUGAUUACACACAUUUUUUUCAGUCCCCGACUACAACUCAAUACCAGGUUUUAAAGACCUUUCCUUUUCUAAGUACAAUAUCUCUUUCCACUCCUUUUUAAUCAAACUUGAGAAUGGCGACUAAUAUUCAUAGUUACCUUGCCCCACUUGAUAAGACGCCAGUAUUGUAGUUUACACGAUAAGUUGAAAGAGGAGCACCGCCGGGUGACCCACAUUAGAGCGAGGGAAUACCUUAAUUCAAAGAGGGAGUAUACUUUUAUCGAGGGCAGAAGUGAAAUUAUCUGACCGUAGACGUAAAUAAUUCCUUAAUUACAAUUUUUUUUUAGUUCGAUGAAAUGAUUUAUGAUUCAUCGACAACUUGUUUACGGUAUUCAUGAUUUUUCACUGACUAUAUCUUAUAAUUCAUGAUUUCUUACUUAUUCAUGAUUCUGGCCACCUGAUUUAACCCCUUUGGUCAAUGACUCAUGAUUCCGCCUCCACCUACGAAUGUUUGACAAAGAAUCUAACCUUCUUACCUUUUACCCAACCCUUCGCCUUUUCACAUAUCUCGCACUUCCAUUGCCUCUUACUAAAAGUUUAUUUACAUCAGUACUCAGAUAUUGUAACAAUGGUGAAAACAUUUCCAAAUCAGCCUCUGCAGAAGGCGCAGAAAACGUAGACGGCCUUGAUGACGAAAAGAAAAACAAGCGCGCCAUUGACAAGACCACUUUAAAGUUGGAUUGGAUUCUUGGCGAUGACCCAUCUCAAGUCGUCAUUCCAGGAUCCCCUACUCUGAGGGUAGACACACCAGCUAGUGCUGUACCCCCUGACUCCAUAGAAGUACCUCUUAUGGCCCUAGAAACCAUUGCAGAGCAAGACGAAACAAGUCCCCGACGGGCAGCUCGAAAAGGCACCAGCGUUAACACUUGGCCACGCAUGCGUCAAUCUCCAAACGAUCGACGUGUCCCGGAGAAUCUUGCGGCAUCCAAGGACUCCGUUUUUUCUGGGUCAAGCUUAAACGGUGUGGACAUUGGAGUUCACCAAUCUGGGUUUGAGACAGGUUUAUCCACGGAGACAGUGGAUAAUAUCAUGCCAAAGAUCUCUAAACAUACUGUCAAGAAUGUGGAAAUAGGAACCCAAACUGAGUUCAGCAGAGUUGACGUACAUGAGACUGUGAAAGAAGGUAGAUCAUAG